AUGAAUAAGCUAACAAACAUACGGCACUGGCCUGAGCGGAUGAGCCCGGCUAACUUUAGCAUGUCCCGAGCGAAUGUGGGCAUGCAAGCGGCAAUCAACCCUCGUCGGGACGUCACAGCCCAGGGUGCUCCUCCGAUACCCGCGCCCCAGGUCCCUGACGGCCCAAUCCACUACUCCUUCAACAUUCCCUUUGCCUCCGACCUUGCCGGCCCCAACACCGAGGAGAUUCUGCACGCUACUACCGAUGCCGUACUCCGGUGGACGCACCCGGAGGAAGCCCCAGACGAUGUCCCGGUCCAUGAGCUGCCUGUGCACGCGAACAACCUCGCUCAGCUGCGCCAGCUCUGCAGAGACAUCACGUCGAAUCCCCUGCCCAUUGAAGCCCACGUCAUCUCGACAACACCAAAGCAUGUCCGUGGUCAGGUCACCACGGUGAUUCUGUCCGGUAUGCCCGAUGUGGUCUACCAGACCCGCGAUACCAUCCUGAACCAGACACCGCUGUCAUUGCGUUGCACAACCGUUGUCGUGGACGGCCAUCUGGUUGCCAAUCUUUCCGAGGGUGUCCUGAAGAAGUCGGUGACAGACUUCUUGGACCACACGUCCGUCUAUUGCGGAGUUGACAUCUUCCUACUGGGCCCCAAGCUUACCCCGCUUGUCGGCGGUCUCAAUGGCGACGUGGAGUUGCGGAGAGACCAGCGUUGGAGGGUCGCCAUAUAUGGUGAUAUCCUGUCCUCUGAACAUGCAAAGACACGUGUGCUCAUCCACAUUGACCAACUCCUUGGGAGGGUUGUCGAUGCAGUGAAGUUCGAUACGUCUUUGCAGCAGGUACUAUGCGGCCGCAACCGCAAAAACAUCAAGCUCAUUGAAUCCGUGACCAACACGGCAAUCUACUUCCCACCGCCGUUUUCGCAGUGCUACCGCUACUGCCCGCCAAAUGCCCAGCGCCGGGAUGCAGCCGAGAUCCUCAUCACGGGCGAGACCCCUCAGGCCAUUGAACAGGCCAAGAUCCGGAUCCACGAUAUCCUCACGCGUAUUAGGAUCUUCGCCAAGGAUGUUACGAUAUCCCCUGCUAAGGUUGACAGCAUCCUGCUUAGUCGAAUGGACAAGGUGCGGAAGAUCAUCGAGUCCAACGGCACCUUCAUCAUGUUCCCGCCGCUCGGCUCCAGGCAGGGUCCGGUCCGCGUUCAGGCUCUGGAAAACUUGCACGUGGAACGCUCUAUUCGGGAGCUCAUGGCCUUGGUCGGCCAGUUCUAUACGGCAUCAUGGAUUUUCAUGCAGCCUGAUACGCGCCAACCGAGUAACCAUGAUAUCAGGACGAUGCUCGGCGAUAUCUGCGCCAACUCGGACGCCGAUGUCAUCUUCGACAGACAGUCCUUCCAUAUCACGGGCUCUGACGAGUCAGUAAAGGCUGCCUUGAUGGUCAUUUCACAGAUCAAAUUCGCCGUGCACCCCCCGUACCAGAUACGGGUAAGGAUCGAACUUGCCAACGAGCACAAGGAGUUUGUGAGUGGGAAGAAGAAUGGCAAGAUCAACAAGAUUAUGGGCCAGAGCAGCGUCCAGAUCAUGUUCGACACCUUUGGAGAAUACAAUUUCAACAUUGAGGUCAUCGGUCAGACGUACGACUCCCUGAAGCAGGGUUUGACCCUGGUCGAACAGGAAAUGCCGGCGUCUAUCUCAUUCCAUGUCCCUGACCAAUACCACAAACGCAUCAUCGGCAUCGGGGGGCAGCAUAUCCAGCGCAUCAUGAAGAAGCAUUCCGUCUUCGUCAAGUUUUCCAAUGCCAUGGAUCGCGGCGGUAUAGGUCGAGAGGACGAUGACAGCCGAGUGGACAACGUCAUAUGUCGCACCCCGGCUCGAAAUGCCCAGAAUCUCGAGCUUGUGAAGAGCGAGAUUCUGGAAAUGGUGGAUAGGGUGGAUUCCGAGUUCACCUCUCAGGUUGUCAGUGUCGACCGGCUUUAUCAUCGCCAGCUCCUUACUCGCCUCUCCGAGAUUGAAGAGUUAGAGAGGACUUGGAAUUGCAAGAUUGUCUUCCCGAGCACUGAGCAAGCGAGCGAUGAAGUGACCGUAACUGGACCUCAGUGGCUGGUGCCCAAGUUUAUAGACGAGUUUCUGGGCAUGGUUCCCGACAAGCAUGAGGUAGUCAUGGAGCGCUCAUCCCCGCUGAUCAAGUUCCUCGAGUCGCCCGACUUCGCUCAAAGCAUUGUGCCAAAAUUGAAGACGCAGUACGAAGUUGAAGUUACGGUGCACGAGAACCCCGAUGAGCGUACCGAAAACGAUACGCCUACGGUCACUCUGUUGUGGACGUUCACGCGCAACAACGCCGGCGGCCUUCGCGACGCUAUGGAUUUCCUCCAAACCCAGCUUGCCACUGCUGGAGUCGAGCCGGAGAUUAUCAAGGGCUCCAUUCCUCGUCCGAAGUCGGACACGUUCGAGGACUCGCUCUUGUAUUUCAAUUCGAAGCUCCUUCAGCAUGUACCUGCUCCGUUGACCACCGACUCUCCAACCAAGCCUUCUUUCGGCGAUGAGGUUGCCCGCGAGCGGAGCAACAUUUUGGCUUGCCUGCGCAAGCCAGGCAGCAUGUCAUCGAUCUCCUCGUUCCUGGACCGCAGGAAGAACAGUUCGCAGUCUGCUGCCAACUUCUUCAAGGGCUCCAGUAACGUGUCCAAAUCGUCACUCAUCUCCAUCGAGUCCACCCGCAGCUUCAAUGCAGACCGAAACCCAUGGAAUGACAGCGGCAUCAACCUCCCCGACGAUGACAACAAUCCCUGGUCCACGGGCCACACUUAUGGCAAUGGUGUCGACAAGCUGGCUGUCCCGCAGCCCGGCGAUGCCACGCCUCGCCAUCAUGCUCGCCAGUCUGCCGACAGCGGGCGCCCUUCCACAUCUCAUUCAACCAAUUCAGGAUACCCCGGCCCUCUCCCAGGGCCAUUUCGUUGA